GCUGUCAGCCUUCCCCUAGCUAAACAUCUGGCCCAGAACCGGCAGGGCAGUGGAGGAGCUCUGGCUUCACCGGCCCCUGCAGGUGCUGCUCGGCAGCCUCAGCCACUUCAUGUUCCCCGCUCGCGAGGCGGCCCUCACGUUAGGGAGCGUUUAGACCCGUUCGCCAAGCUCCCUCACAGCACGCACCGUGCUGCCCGUCUUCUGCGGUGUCAGCCCAGCCCUGCGCUCGCUGUCGUUGCCCCAUCAGGCCUAGGGCCGCCAGCUGGGGAGCUGACGAGGCGGCCACUGCUGCCCACGCUCCCGGGACAGCUGCCCCUGCGGGUGGUUUCCCGGAGGGGGUUUGCACAGCGGCCGGAAUUAGGUCCUAAUGGGUUUAGGGUUAGCACUUGGUCCGGCUGGACGAAUUCCCUGGUGUGUCUGGGGGAAGCUCCCCUAGGUGAGCUGGGAAGGCCAGGGUGGUCUGGAGCGGGGACAGCGCGGGGCGGGGAGGCCUUGCGGAAAACGCUGCACUGCUCAAGCGCCGUCAUCCUCGCUGAAGCUUCUAGAACUCGGCCCCGCCCCUGCCCGGGCGGAAGUGAAGCCCCGGAAGUUGCCGACAGCGCGGCUGGGCGGGGCGAGAUAGACAUGGCCACCGAGGGAGACGUGGAGCUGGAGUUGGAAACCGAGACCAGCUGCCCGGAGCGGCCCCCGGAGAAGCCGCGGAAGCAUGACAGCGGUGCGGCGGACCUGGAGCGAGUCACCGACUAUGCGGAAGAGAAGGAGAUCCAGAGCUCCAACUUGGAGACGGCCAUGUCCGUCAUCGGAGACAGGCGGUCCCGGGAGCAGAAGGCCCGACAGGAGCGGGAGAAAGAACUGGCAAAGGUCACUAUCAAGAAGGAAGAUCUGGAGUUGAUAAUGACAGAGAUGGAGAUCUCCCGAGCAGCUGCGGAAAGGAGCUUGCGGGAACACAUGGGCAAUGUGGUGGAGGCACUCAUUGCCCUAACCAACUGAUUCGUGCUUUCUGACAGGACUCCUGUGCUAACUUAUUGCAAUAAAGAUUUUUUUCAUUUUCUUUUGCAGUUUUGUUUAUUUAGAUCAAAUGCUUUAUAUAUUUUGUUGUAGGAAUUUAUAUGUUGGAGAGUAAGUAACUUAAAUGCUCCUUCCUCCCACAACUCUUACUAAACCUGUGUUCAUUAUGGAAAGGUCCUUUGUGUCCAGAUGCACAUUCUAGAUAUGAGUCUGGCCUUCAGCUGUGUUCAGAGUACUUUUGAAGUCUCACCAGAGUUACUGCACCCAAUGACCUGUGUCUCCACGAUACCUUAGGAACAGUUGAAAAGCCAGCACCUUCCUAUGAGCCACAGUGAAUAGAUACAGGUUGCCAGCCAGUCCGUAGGGCACCAGAGUUAAUGCUAGACUUGGGAACAUGGCAAUAAUAUGUAUAUCAAAGACACUGAGGUACAUUGCUGGUUCUUUUUUUUCAUUUUGAGACAAGGUCUCCCUAAGGCACCCGGGGAGGCUUAAACCUGCAAUUCAAGGGCCAGGGAUGUAGCUCAGUGUUCCCACCGACACCUGCCUCGAAAGCGCAAGGUCCUGAGUUCGAUCCCCGGUACCAAAAAAGUUAAACCUGCAAUUCCAGGUGUGCACUGCCUUGCCUGGCUCAAAGGUUAUUUUUAAUUUUCUUUCUCUCCCUCUCUUUUUUUUUUUGGAGGAUCUUGCUAUGUAGUUUAUUUAGCCUUAUCUUGAGCUCACUGUGAAGCCCAGGCUAUCCUCAAACUCACAGCAAUCCUCCUUUCUCAGCCUCCCUAGUUCUGGGAUUACAAGUGUGCACCACUGUGCCCAGCCAAAGGUUAUUUUUAAACUUAAUUAAAUGAGAGGCAGGGAGAAUUGAUAUAUGAAAGAUUUGAAUUCUGUACCGUAACACAUUCUAUAUUCUAUUUCCUGUUGAGAGAAGACAGUAAUUUUGCUGUGAAUGUUGAUCACUUUUGGCCAGGCCACACUUGCUGAGUUUGUUUUGUAUGAAAUGCCUACCUGAUAAGUUGUAAGAAUUGAUGAGCUAGUAAAUAUGCAAAAGCCUGGUUAAUUACUUUCCUCAGAGUAGACAAACAAGUGUGAUCCAUUGUUGCAUAUUGAGGCCAUACUCAAGUGAAAUAAACAGGACACACAUGUGAAUACCGAAUUGUUUCUCUGGUGUGAGAAACUGAAAGGAUUAAAAUUAUUAAAACGUAUAAUUGAUAAUUUGAAAUAGGAAGAAAAGGUCCAAAGGGGGAGGAGAAGUGGGAGGGGAAAGGGAAAGGAAAAAUUAUUAAAAAAGGAAAAAAUAGGGCCGGGCCUCUGUUGGAUGUCUACUUUCCUGAAGGCUCUGGGAUAAAGAUCAUUUCAGAACCUGGAAGCUACUAUGUGUCUUCUGCAUUUACACUUGUGGUUAAUAUCAUUGCAAAGAAAGUUGUUAAAAAUGAGAAAUUCCCCUCUGGAGUAGAAAAAGCCAGGAGCGAUGAACCAGCCUUUGUGUAUGAUAUGAAUGAUGGUGUGUAUGGUUCUUUUGCAAGUAAACUGAGGACUUGAACACCAUUCCACAGGUUCACAAGAAAUAUAAGGAAGAUGAGCCUCUGUUUGCAAGCGGCCUUUGGGUCCAUCCUGUGAUGAGCUGGAUCGGGUUGUAGAGAGUUGCCUGCUGCCCGAGCCGCAUGUGGGUGACUGGCUGAUCUUUGCCAACAUGGGCGCAGCCUCGCUGCAGGAAGCGUCUGCAAGGAUGCUCCGAGGCCAGCUGUGUAUUACACGAUGUCAUUCAGUGACUGGUAUGAGAUGCAGGAUGCAGGUGUCACCUCGGACACCAUGAUGAAGAACUUCUUCUUUGUGUCUUCGUGCCUUCAGCUGAGCCAGGACGACGGCUUUCCCACGGAGGCUUGAGCAGGCCCCGUGCCCCUUUAGAGCUGAGCUUUCAGGCUGCACUGGUCUGGUCUACAUUCCAGGGUGGAAACAAUCCAAACAAUCUCACUCUGUCCAUUCUCUCAGAAACAAAAGUCAAUAGCUAUGGGACCAGACGAAAUCAGCUUUCAUCUAGAAUUCACUGGGGGUGACGGGAAAUUUAGAUAAUGUGUCCAGAUUAAACCUAACAGUGUGUCCUACCCUUUAAGCUUUGAAUAUAAAAUAUGCAACAAAAUGGAUGACUUAGUGGAGAUGGAAGCCCACGACCUGGGUUCCCCUCAACCGUUUACAUACAAGUGCACAGUUUUUAUACUGAGGCUUCGUGUCCAAAAGUCUUGUAAAGUUAGCACCUUCCACCCAGAUACGGCAGAUGUCAGUGGAAGACUAGCGUGGCUUCCUUAGAUACGUUUAGUGUAUUCCGAGUGUGUAAAUUUGUGCUUUGAACUGUAGUUUAAUGUAAAAUUGCAUCAUAGUAUUUGUUGUACUUGACCUAAUGUAACCCUUGUAUGAUUGCAAUAAAAUUUUGUGUAGAUUU